CGCAACAUAGAGCGCGUGGUGGGGGGUGAUUCCGUGCACGCCCGAACGGACCUCGCGAUAAUGCCGAUUUCCCCCGCUUUCCUCUCCGCGGUUGCCGUCUGCAACGGCACGUUCCGCCUCGCAUAUUCUCUUCCCCAUGAACGAACCUUUUUUCAGCCGUCUGCGUUCCUUCGUUUUGUUCGCGUCUGCUAACUUGGAAGUGCAACAGUUUUGGGAGCCAGCCGGACUGGUGGCGGUCACGUGGCCUCUGCGAUGUGGUGAACGCUUUGGACGAGUUCAGCUUUCCGGAUCUUCGGCUACAGUGUGCGGUGAUGGACGGAUAGAGCGUUGAUUAGUCGCUUCGGAUUGACCCCAAAAGUGAGUCUCGCCCCUGGAUUGUUCGGAGGAGGAGGAAACGCCGUCGGGCCGGACGUACCCGACACCCGAUAGCGACUUCCCGUGUCGUCUGCUUCGUCGAGUGAGCGCGUCGCUCUCGCCGUCCAAAAGGAAUCCAAAAAUGGUCGCUCGUCCCGGAGCCGCGGUGGCCACGCGGUUGUUUCAAAGUGGACCAGUCCCUGUGGUGUUCGGUUCACGCGGUCCGAGUUUCGAUCUCGUGCGGAAGCGGGCGCUUUGUGUGGUGGGUUCCGGUCGAUGUGUGUGUCGAGCGACGCCUUGGCGCUGCUGUUGUUGUUGCCGCCGCCGCGGAUGCGAUGUGGUAAACGGUUCAGUCGAACGGGGUCGCUGAAUGAGAGCCCCCCGCCCGGAGUUGCCAUAGCGCCCAGGGAUGGGACACCUUUGAUUGGCGAACACCGGGACACCUCUCUAUCUCUCUCUCUCACUUGCAUUUCCGCCGUUCAGAUUGGUCUCGAGAGCAUUCACGUCCUUGUUGCGAGUGUUGACCGAACUUUGGAUGCUCUUUUCUUCGAGGCAGCUUUUCCCCGAGUGCUGAUUAGGCGCCGGCCAGUGUCAAUGCGAAGAGGUGCCUUCGAGUGUGCUUUCGCGCGGAGCGCGCUCGAUAAGGCGCCGUGGUGUGAUUUUCGGGGUGCAUGUUUGGCUGCCCGGUCGUGUUCACCUUUUGCUGGAAUGCCACACCUGUCGCGCCUCUCCUGCCGACACCCGAGUGUCUUCGACGGAAGGUGCCGCGGCUCUGAAGCAACCUUCGGCUGAACAUCUGGGAACCUUUCCUUCGGCCGAGGGUCUCGCAAGGAACUGUUCAUUUCGGCUGAAUAUCUCGCGAACAAGGAAUUCUUCGACUCAAGAUCUAGGAAGAGACCUUCGGCUGAAGAUCUCGGAAGAAACUGCGUUCUUGGUUUUAAGAUCUCUGAGCAAAAGAAGAAUGACACCGUCUGCGCCAGCUGCAUCUGCCCAUCGCGCGAUUGCGUUCGGAGUUCGGUGUCGGAGCUGAUUGUCCGAGGUGGACCGACGAGAUGUGAGAGUGUGUGUUGCUCGGAGUGUCGGCGAGCGGGCGGCGAUGGAGCGACAGGAAAACACCAUCUACGAGGAGGACGUGCCGGUGGUGAUGCGUCGUCGCGGAGUCACCCUGAGGGUGCGCAUCGUGAGCGUGGAUUCACCCUGCAACUCGGCUCCUGCGUCGCCGCGGAAGCUAGAGUGCGGCGGCCUGUCGCGCACCCCUCCCAACUGCUCCCCUCGGCGGCUGUGCGGUGACGACGGGGGCGGCGACUUGAGCCCCGGCUGGAGCCCCCUGGCCCGGAAGCCCUCUGCGGGGGGCAGGGGCCCCUGCUGCUGCGGCGGCGGCCCCGGGCUGGACAUUCCCCGGCGCCGGAGGGACAGCCUGGCCCCCGGCGGUGCCGCGCACCUGCAGGGCGUGCUCAGCUCUUCGUGCGCCGCUUCCUUCUGCAGCGGCGGAACCAUGGGUGCAGGGACGUCAGGGCAGUCGAACCUGGUCCGAAUGCGGAGUUCCCCGAUGGGGCAGUCGGCACCCAGCCUAUCCCCGACCCUGAAAGAGUUGAAUGUCCCCAGGCGAGGCAGUCGGUGCUCCGCGCGCAAGAGCCUCAUCUGCAACACGUCGCCCACCCUCCCCCGGUGCCACUCCCCGAUUCCCCAGAGCAGCCCCCUCGACAGCCCCCGGAACAUGUCCCCGUGUCAGCACUUUGCAUUCGCACCCGUCAAAAAGGCGGACGGCCGGCGAUGGUCGGUGGCUUCGCUGCCAUCUUCCGGCUAUGGGACCAACACGCCCGGAAGCUCUAACGUCUCUUCCCAGUGCUCCAGCCAGGAGAAGCUGCACCUGCUGGCCUGCCAGCCGGCCCCGGAGGAAGGGCCCCAGCAGCACCACCUGUCCCAUCAGUACCAGCCGCACGUGCACAUGCGCCACUUCAGUAGCAACGAGAGCAACCCGGGCCUGGAGGAAGAGCACUGCCACACGUCGCCAGUCAUCAGGCCUCGCUCGCGCAGCCUUAGUAGCCCGAUGCGAUCCCCCGGACUGGACAACGAGAUCGUUCUCAUGAACAGCGUCUACAAGGAGCGCUUCCCCAAGGCCACGAAACAGAUGGAGGAGCGUCUGGAGCAGUUUGGAGUGGAGCACCGGGAGCUUGAUGCGGAGCAUGCCUCGGAUGCGGUGGCCCGCUUUGCCCACCACCAGAUCAUUGAGCUGGCCAGGGACUGCCUGGAGAAGUCCCAGGACAAGUUGGUCACCUCGCAGUACUUCUACGAGAUGUACGAGAGCCUGGAGAAGCUACUGGCAGAGUGCCAGGAGAAGUCCCCGGGUGCUGCUCAGCACCUGAGGAAGCUGGUGCGGAAGCUGCUGCUCAUUGUGUCCCGCCCGGCCCGUCUGCUCGAGUGCCUCGAAUUUGACCCGGAGGAGUUUUACCACCUGCUGGAGGCGGCAGAGGGCCAGGCCAAGGUGGUGCAGGGAGUCUCGACGGACAUCCCCCAGUACAUCAUCGGCAAGUUGGGCCUCAACAGGGACCCCUUUGCAGACCUGGCGGCAGAGGAGACGGCGGAGCAGCUAGACUCUGUGCCAGAGGAGAAGAAAGCCCCGGCCAAGACGCCGUGCGAAGACGACUUUGAGACCAUCAAGCUCAUCAGCAACGGGGCGUACGGGGCGGUGUACCUGGUGCGCCACCGGGAGAGCCGGCAGCGCUUUGCCAUGAAGAAGAUCAACAAGCAGAACCUGGUGCUACGCAACCAGGUGGAGCAGGUGUUUGCCGAGCGGGACAUCAUGAGCUUCACCGACAACCCCUUCGUCGUCUCCAUGCUCUGCAGCUUUGAGACUAAGCGUCACCUGUGCCUGGUGAUGGAGUAUGUGGAGGGGGGGGACACGGCCACCCUGCUGAAGAACAUGGGGCCCCUGCCCGUGGACAUCGCCCAGUUCUACUUUGCCGAGACCGUGCUGGCAGUCGAGUACCUGCACAGCUACGGCAUCGUGCACCGGGACCUCAAGCCGGACAAUCUGCUCAUCACCAACAUGGGCCACAUCAAACUGACGGACUUUGGGCUGUCCAAGGUUGGACUCAUGAACCUGGCCACCAACCUGUACGAGGGCUAUCUGGACAAGGAGACGAAGCAGUUCAACGACAAGCAGGUGUACGGCACCCCGGAGUACAUUGCACCCGAGGUGAUCCUGCGCCAGGGUUACGGCAAACCCGUGGACUGGUGGUCUAUGGGCAUCAUCCUCUACGAGUUCCUGGUGGGCUGCGUCCCCUUCUUUGGGGACACUCCAGAGGAGCUGUUUGCGCACGUCAUCAGCGACGAGGUGGACUGGCCGGACGAAGAUGAGUGGCCCCUGCCAGACGAAGCCCGCCUGCUCGUCACGCAGCUGCUGCAGCAGAACCCCUUGGACCGACUGGGCACGGCGGGGGCCCAGGAGGUGCGAGAACACCCCUUCUUCCGGGACGUGGACUGGGCCUCCCUGCUACGCCAGAAGGCGGAGUUCGUGCCCCAGUUGGACGACGAGGAGGACACAAGCUACUUCGACACCCGGGCCGACCGCUACCAGCACGACGACUCGGAGGAGCGCGACGAUGACGGCGACCAGCUCUUCACCUCCUUCUCGUCCUGCUCGCCUCGCUACCGCAAGGUGUACUCUCGGGUGGAGAAGGAACUGGAGGAGGAGAACCUGCUGCGCCACGUGUGCCAGGAGAGCCACCGGCGCUCUCUCGGCCGCACGGACUCUGCGCCCAGCUCGGAGUGCGGCAGCGAGGGCUCCCUCCGGACGGCCCCCUCUGGAUCGUCCCCCGAGACCCCCGGGAGGCCCCCCCUCACCAGCACGCCGGAGUCCUCCCAGACCGAGUCGGACGAGCUCUCGCCCCAGGUGCAGCGCAGGAGGCGUCUGGGCAUCCGGGACGUCCUGCCCCGCUUCUCCAUCUCGGUGGAGGAGGAGGGCAGCCCCCAGAGGCAGCUCCCCGCCCCCAGGGCUGUCCCACCCCAGUCGCCACCCGUGGCCGCCGCACCCGCGCCCGGUGCGGAAGCGAGGGAGCUCUCUCCGGUGGCGGAGCGCACGGGCUCGGACAAACCGGCGGCGCCGGCGAGGGAGGGCGGCGGCACCAACGUGGUCGACCGGUCGGCCUCCUCGCCUCGGCUGGUGCCGCCCAAGGUGGCGGCGCCCACGCCUUCCCCUCCCGUCAAGCUGCGCUCUCGGUCGGUCAUCAAGUCCGCCUCUGCGUCGGGCCUCUCCCUCAUCAUCCCCGCGGACGACGCGGCUCUGGCGGGACUCCAGUCCCAGCCCCUGGGCUCUCCCGGGGGCUCCAGCACGAGCUCGCGGGACACCUCUCCGAGCCGGGACCUGAGCCCCCUGGUGACCCAGCUCAAGCCGCCCAUCAUCAUUCAGAGGGGCCCCAGGGGCUUCGGCUUCACCGUGCGGGCCAUCCGGGUCUACUACGGGGACUCUGACGUCUACACCGUUCAGCACCUUGUCAUGGCGGUGGAGAGCAGCAGCCCGGCCUUCGAGGCGGGCCUGCGGCCGGGCGACCUGAUCACGCACAUCAACGGAGAGGCGGUGCAGGGGCUGCUGCACCCGCAGGUGCUGCAGCUCAUCCUGGCCGGGGGCAGCCGCAUGCACAUCCGCACCACCCCGCUCGAGAGCACCUCCAUCCGCACGGGCGGCCGCAGGCGCAACCCCACCACCAGCCGCCUGGCCCGCAGGCACCCCAACAGGCACCGCAGGACCUCCCAGGGACCCACGAUGGCCGCCGCCAAGCUCCAAGGCUCGCCACCGGCCCUGGGCGGAGCCAAGACCCAGGACAAGAAGCGGAGGGCGUCCCUGCUGCGCCGACUGAGCAGCAAGCGUGCCAGCGCCGAGUUGCAGCAGCUCGCCGGCGCGGGGCUCGCCCCAAGCCGCAGCUUCCAGUCGCUGGCCGAGUCGGGCAGCGCCUCGCCGCCGUCCCGGGCCAGCUUCAAGGAACGCUCGUCGUCGGACUCUUCCCACUCCCCGACCAACUCAUCGCCGAGCAGCUCUCCCAGUUCGAGCGUCCCGAACUCCCCGGCCGGAAGUUCGGCGACUUCCGCGGCACCUUCCGGCGUGGCAGCGGCCCACUUCCAGCGCCCCAGCUCACUACACGGCCUCAAGCACAAGCUGGCACAGACGUUCCGUUCUCCCCGUCGCAAGUCGGUGGGACACAUCCCGCUUUCGCCGUUGGCCCGAACUCCGUCGCCUUCCCCGCUGCCGGCCAUGAGUCCGACGCGGUCGCCGUCUCCUCUCGCGUUCCCGCUGGGGCACCAGCCCCACCACCACCCGGCGGCCGCGCCGCAAGUGUUUGCGGUGGCACGGAAACCGUCGCCGCCCACACUGGUGCCGGCCGCGGCCGCGUCGGCGCGCAAGUCGCUCAUGCGCCCCAAGAGCGCCGAGCCCGGGUCGCCACUCCUCAGGAGGGCGCUGUCCCCCGACCGGCUGCAUCCCAAGUCGGCGGAAUCAAAGGCACGGCGGGAGUCUUUCUGCAGCCACGCAUCGCCGCUGGCACUGACGUCGACGCCGUCGUCGCGGGGCUCGCCUCCACGACUGGCGACGGGAAAGGCGACAACGGUGGUGGCCCUCUCGUCGGCAGGCGGCUCCCGCCUGCCCAAGUCGGCGAGCACGCUGUCGGCUCCCGGCUCCGAAAACGGCGAGGAGCGGCCGCGGGCACGGAGUCAUUCGCAGAGCGAAGUGGAGUCUCUCUCGGGAGAGGCGGUCGCCAAACUGCCGCCCCCUGCAAUGCAUCAAGAGCGCAGCGGCGACGCACUGGCGCCGGGCGAAGUCCCAUCGUUCAAGGUGACUCCGAGCACGCCCCUCCCCAGCCAGGAGAGCGACGAAACCGGUCACGAGGCCGCGCCGUCGGCCGUCUCGACGGCGCAGGCGGCACCUGCGACAAAUCAACCGGACAGUGGUUCUUGUGGUGCUACCAAGCCGGCGGGACAGAAACCGCCGGACUCCAAGAAGUCGCUCAAACAGAACGCCGAACAGAAGGCUGCCUCUCACGGGGCACCGCAUGCCAAGGCACCGUCCGAACUGACGAGGGCACACAAGCCCUAGACGGGACUUGGUUCGUUGAAGUUUCUGCGCAGUAUUUAUUAUUCUCCGGUCUCUCCUCCCGAGGCGCCCUUUUUAAGUCCCCCCAUCUUAGAUGCGGGCCGUGUUUGUACUCGUGUCUUCAUUCCAUCGUGCGUAGGAAAAGCGGCACCGCGCGUGCCCGUCGCGGCGUCUCGCGUCACUGGGGGUAGCCUCUCGCUAGCGGUAGGCAUUCCUGCCGGCAACGGUGCAAUCUUGUUUCGGGGCCGGGGCCUCGUUGGUUCCCCCGAGUCUGCGCCCCUUCGCGCAAGACGUUUUUCAUCGUCGGAUCCCCGUGCGUCUCACAUAUCUCGAGUUGUUUUGUUUGUUUUGCUCGGACGGCCUGUACAGUCUUGUCGGGUUGUUGCCCCGUGGUUGUUGGGCGGGGUUCCUCGUUGCAGCUGUGCCAUAGCGCUCCCUCUGUUACUGCAUGCGUGUGGGAAGCGGGGGCAGUUGCGGUGCCCCCUCCCGCUUAUUUCUCGCGUAGGUGUUGAACGUACAGACUUGUUUGCAGGCCCUGGCUUACAAUAAACUGACUUGUCGUUUUCCCCCAUUUAA